UCCAAAACUGACCAAACUUGUAUUCUGGUAGGAGAAAGAAUCUGCAAAGGGUCAUUGCGUAGAGAAGCUAGCUAGCACUGAAGCACACACAUACACAACACGAGAGUACGUGAAUUGAAGAAAAUAAUUAAGAAGCAUGGAAUGGAAGAAAUAUUAUUUGGAUGUGGUGCUGGUACCAUUGGGAUUUCUGAUAACCAUUGGUUAUCACGUUUGGUUGUGGCAUAAGGUUCGAACACAGCCUUCUUCCACCAUAAUCGGAAUCAAUACUCAUGGAAGACGCUCCUGGGUCCCUGCCAUGUUGAAGGACAUUGAAAAGAAGAACAUCCUAGCAGUGCAAACUCUUCGUAACAUGAUAAUGGGAUCAACUCUCAUGGCCACAACUUCCAUUCUCCUCUCUGCAGGCUUGGCAGCUGUGAUAAGCAGCACUUACAGCGUUAAGAAGCCUCUGAAUGACGCUAUAUAUGGAGCCCACAGUGAAUUCAUGGUAGCACUUAAAUACGUGACACUCUUAACCAUAUUCUUAUUCUCAUUUUUCUGUCACACCCUGUCGAUUAGGUUUUUCAAUCAAGUGAGCAUCCUCAUUUGCACACCACAAGAUGUCAUGUCCUCCUCAAUAGUAGUGACCCCUCAAUAUUUGACUGAGCUUUUGGAGAAGGGAACCAUUCUGAGCACUGUUGGCAACAGGCUUUUCUACUCAGCACUCCCUCUUCUGCUUUGGAUCUUUGGGCCUGUGUUGGUUUUCUUGUCUUCUGUGGCAAUGUUACCGAUUCUUUAUAACCUAGACUUUGUUUGUGGGAAUAAUAAUGGGAAGGGAAAGAUCGUCAAGAAUGACAAAGGGGAGGACUAUGUUUGAUCUGUGUUGAGCUAAUUAUUAGAUCAAAACAUUAAACAGAUAAGGUAAUUAAUAUGUUUAUAUAGGUCUUUAAUUAGGUGUGCUUCAGUUACAACUUUAAAGUCGUAAAGUUGUUGUAUUUUACUGGCACAGCAGCCAUGUACAUGCUGAAGCGUUUCAUGAAAUAAUAAUUCAACUAGCUUUUCUAACGUA